GGUCACGGCAAGUUUGAAUUCUCGCCACUAUUAUUGUGUGGGAGACAUGGCCACUGAGUCCCUGAGUUUGUUAGAGAGGAUCUCAUCCCGCCUGGGGCCCAUGGACAGGAAAGCAAAGCAGACUAGUUUUAAGACUGGGGGCUCACUGAGUCUAGAUUGUGAUGAAGCUGACAGCCCAACACCACCGCCCUGUGUCCAAGAACUACUAAUGUCCGAUUCAGACACUGAAAUUGCACCUGUGGAUGAUUACAUUCGCAGUUUUGGUAAUCUGAACCUCAAGUCUGCUCGGGAGAAGACAAGGUCCCCUGUAAGAAUAUUGGAAUCCAGUGAUGAUGACUUUGAAAAUUUUUUAGUAAAGCUGAAAACUCCAAAGCCACGCACCUCUAAAAAACCUUCAAACAAUCAGACUGGAAGUGUAAAAAAGUUCAUUGUAGAUUCUGAUGAAGACGAUUUUACCUCCUUCUUCCCCAAAAAUCAAAAAGGCACAAAAAGUGUAACUGCAACCAAGAAAUCUAAUGGUGAAUUAUCUCAGACUCCACACACCAGCCGGCUGCCCUCUGCGAGCAUAAUCUCUCCAGUGGUUUUCAGUGAUAGUGAUGAAGACGAUUCAGUUGUCCUAAAAAGCACGUGGCGUGACAGACAUAACGGAAAGUCGAGUAAUCCUAAAUUUGGCAACGACCAGAAACAGAACUCGAAAGGCAACUUUUUUCAAGAAUCUCCGUCACAAAAUAACAAAGAAAACUCUCUCGCAUCAUCCAAUAAGUGGUCGUUGGAAGGAAGAGAUGCUGGGGGAAAAGCAGGAGGAGGAGGAAUACCCAAAUUCCAUUCUUCUAGUUCUGAUGAGGAGUUUGAAUCCCUGGUGGAACGUAUCAAGAAUCGAACCAAGAGCCAGACACCAAGUUCGACAGUAACUAAAGCCGUGUUUCGCCAUCCACCUGCAACAGAGCCAGCCAAGGUUCCUUGCAUUGACUUGACAAACCAAUCAACGAAUGUUAAAGUGCAGAGACCAAAGUCGUUCACGGGCGCUCCGUCCUCCAGUCCUUAUUUCCUACCAGAGAAAACUGAUAGAGGAAGCCUGCGACCUGUGGAGAAGCCGCGCUCCAGUAGUGUGAAAGCUUCAUGUAAGGUAGCAGACUGUUUUCUUCAAGAGCUCUCGUGUCCAAAUUCAUUAUAUGCGAAAAGCUUCAAGCAAAAGAAAGAGCAGUUGACAGCGAGGUUAUAUACUCUGUAUAACAGCACUAUUUUUGCCGAGAAGUUACCAGUGAACAUGGAAAUAGUAUGGAAUAAAAAGAUGCGCAAAACUGCUGGUUACUGUGUAACUGGGCAGAAGAAAAUCCCUGCUUUACAUCGCUAUGCCAGGAUUGAGCUGUCAGAGAAAGUUUGUGAUUCUGCGGAUCGACUUCGAGACACUUUAAUCCAUGAAAUAUGUCAUGCGGCCACCUGGUUGAUAAACGGAGUCCGAGAUGGACAUGGACAAUUCUGGAGAUUUUACGCGGGGAAAGCCACACAUAUUCACCCAGAGCUGCCAAUGGUUACCCGAUGUCACUCUUACGAAAUAAACUACAAGUAUACUUAUGAGUGUUCUCGCUGCAAAAAUACGAUCGGACGGCAUUCCAAGUCUUUAGAUACAGAGAAGUUUGUCUGUGCCUUAUGUAAGGGGAAACUGGUCUUGAUGGGUUCUACGCGAAAAGACGGCUCUCCUGCCUGCAGCCAACUCACUCCGUUCGCCAAGUUUGUCAAAGAGAAUUAUGGGUCUGCAAAGAAAGAAAUGGCUGGCAUGAGUCACGCCGAAGUGAUGCGAAAACUCGGUGCUGAUUUUUCAACCAAGACCAAACUUGCAAACUGAAUCGGAUUGUGAAAACUAAAUUUUAUUAUCUUUAUUUUUCUUCUAUGGAGAGUUA